GAUAACGGUAAUAAAUAAUAAAAAUUUUAAGUGUCAAUAUGGUAGCGAUUAACGUCGUUUGUUGUUCAAUGGAUAAAUUAGAGGUUUUCGAAGCGGAGAUUUCCGGGUGCUGAUUUGGAGGUGGAAAUUUUUUGGUUGAUAGUUUUUUGAGAUGGUCAAGAUAAUUUGGGAGGGAGUUUUUUGAGAAACGUCUUCCUGUUUAUUUUUGGAGAGAUAGCAUGAGCUGGAAGUUUUUUUUUAUUGUCUUUGGGAUUCAGGUAUGGCGCUCGGACUCAGCAGACCUGGCGAUCGAGAUUCCGGGGAACUUGACCCAGCAAGGAACCUGGUACCGCCUGGACUACAGUCCGCCUGUGGGGGAGCCACCACCGAACACAAAAAUUCCCGCGGUGGACAUCGGGGACGUGAUAAAGUUCCAGAAAGGGUUAGCUGGUACCAAAUACGAGUUCUGGCUGUACUACAACAACGGUUCUUGGAACGACUGGCUGACCUGGACGGCGUCGAUAACGACAGCGCCUGACCCUCCGUCGAACCUGACAGUUCUGGUGAGGAACGGCAAGACGGCAGUGGUCUACUGGUCGCCUCCCGCCGAGGGAAACUACUCUGGGUUUAGAAUGCGUGUCCAGAGCUUCAAUGACCUGGCGAAUCCUCCAUCGACGACCAGGACCAGCGUGAUCUCCUCUGACGCCAUUCCGUACACUCUGCGUGACCUGACUCCUGGCGCCACCUACUCUCUUCAGCUGUUCACAGUCCUGGAGGCGAAGGAAAGCGUCGCUUAUACCAGCAAGAACUUCACCACCAAGCCUAACACUCCAGGGAAGUUCAUCGUCUGGUUCAGGAACGAGACCACCCUCCUGGUCCUCUGGCAGCCUCCUUACCCUGCUGGGAUCUACACCCACUACAAGGUCAGCAUUGAACCUCCAGAUGCUGUCGAGUCUGUGUUCUACGUAGAAAAAGAAGGAGAACCUCCAGGUCCUGCUCAAGCUGCCUUCAAGGACCUGGUUCCUGGUCGGGCUUACAAUAUUUCGGUUCAAACCGUGUCUGAGGACGAAACUUCGGCUCCUACUACGGCUCAGUAUAGAACGGUUCCAUUGAGGCCGCUGAAUGUCACUUUUGACAGGUCUUCGGUUACCUCCAGUAGCUUCAGGGUCUUUUGGAGUCCUCCAAACGGCAGCUCGGAGUUUGAUAAAUAUCAGGUUUCACUUGGGAACAAUCGGAGGGUUCCUACUGUUACGAGGAACAGGUAUGAAGAGGACAGCACUUCUUGGGAGUUCCAUGAUCUAGAGGCUGGCAAAACUUAUCAGGUCGUCGUAAAAACCGUCUCCGGCAAAGUGACCUCCUGGCCAGCAAGCGGGGACAUAACCUUAAAGCCCCUUCCAGUCCGAGACUUGCGAGCGAGUAUCGACGAGCGAAUGCUUGAAGUCUCUUGGCGCCCCGACAACGCAAGCAUCCAGGACAGUUACCGUCUCGAAUACCACGAAGUAGACACGGCAAGUUCCGGCGACAGCAACACCCUAACGAUCGAGAAGACCCGAGUAGUCCUGGAGGCGCUUCUGCCCGGCCGUAACUACACCAUAAUCGUCGCAGCGAUCUCCAACAAGGUCGAGAGCAACGAGACGGUGAUCUACCAGGUAACAAGACCCUCCAGCCCAAUCAUCGAGGACCUCAAGUCCAUCGAACGCGGGCUGAACAUCUCCUGGAAGUCCGACGUGAACUCCCGCCAGGAGAAGUUCGAGAUUACUCACACGAGAAACGACACCGGGGAAAGUGCAACGACUCUAACAACUGAGUCUCAUAUUAUACUGGAGGACCUUUACCCAGGAGCCGGGUACGAGGUCAAGGUCUUCGCGAUCAGCCACGGGUUGAAGAGCGAACCUCAUGACUAUUUCCAAGCCGUGCUUCCGCACCCGCCUCAACAUCUCAGGAUUGACCGAGUUGACCUGGGGAACAAGUCUGUUCUAGUUCGCUGGAGUCCUCCCAUUAACUCCCUCUUUUCUGAAUACUCCGUUAAGUUUCGAACUGAUGACUCCACCUGGACAAGAUUGCCCAGUGUUCGCAGAACCGAAGCUGAAAUCUUGGAACUGACUCCUGGGGAACGAUACGUUAUCCAGGUUAACACCGUCAGCUUUGGAGUGGAAAGUCUGUACCCCCUCCAGGUGAACCACACAGUCGCCCCGAACCCGGUGACAAACAUUACCCCGAUUGUUGACUCGACCAACGUCACCUUGGAGUUCCCCAGGCCUCAAGGUAGGAUCGAGUUCUUCACCUUUACUUGGUCCGCGACCAGCGAUCCUGGAGAUGAUCUUGGAGUCAGAAGCAAGAACAUCUCUGGCCUGGAGGAGGAUCCUGAUAAGUUUGUCAUUGGGAACCUGAUUCCUGGAGUUGAGUAUGUCUUUUCUGUUGCGACGACUUCUCAUGAUCUAGUGAGUGAGCUUACGAAUGUCACUGCGAGGACUAUGCCGUUGAUACAGUCAGAGGUGGUCAUUGUUGUUGAUCAGGAUGUUACUGAUGCGUUGGCUAUGAGGUACACCAGGACUCCAAUACAGAUUUCGAGGUUCGACUUGUACCGUUUCCGAAUCAGUGACGACCUGAACACAACCACGGAGAAGCAAGUCGACGACCCGGACACCAAAGUAACCUUCUCAAACCUAAUCCCCGGUCGAUUGUACAACGUGACUUUCUGGACAGUGAGCCAAGGAGUAUCAAGCCGUCCUUUGUUCCGUCAGGACCGGCUGUACCCACUACCGAUCUCAGCUCUGCAGGAAGUUGAAGUGAACGCCACCUGGAUCAGCUUAUCCUGGGACAUUCCAGCAGGGGAGUUCGACGCCUUUGAAAUGCAGUUUAUAAACGGGGACAAGUUGGUGCAGAACAUAACCUCGACGAACCACAUUGUGAUCCAGGACUUGCGACCCUGGCGGAACUACACCUUCACCCUGGUGGUUUGUUCCGGGUACUAUUCUAACCUCCACCUGAGAAGAAGCCACCCAGUUUCUGCCAGCUUCACCACCAGCGAGUCCUUCCCAGGAAGAGUCGAGAAGUUCGACCCGACUGAUAUUCAGCCAAGCGACAUCAGCUUCCAGUGGUUCCUUUCUCCAACGGAGUUCAACGGUGUCAUCACUAAGUUCACGAUCACCUAUCAGCUGGACGGUAGCAAGCACACGGGAGCUAAAGAUUUUAAAGCCAACGAGAACCAGGGCAUGAUCAAGGGACUGAUCCCUGGAAAAACCUACGCCUUCAGCAUCCAGGCCAAGACUAAAGUUGGAUACGGACCUGAGAACGUCUGGCGGCAGAAGAUGCCCAUUCUAGCACCUCCGAAACCUCCCACCCAGGUUGUUCCUACUGAAGUUUGCAGAACCAGUUCCACGAUCCAGAUUAGGUUCAGGAAGAAUUACUUCAGUGAGCAGCAUGGAUCUGUGAUUGCCUACACGAUUAUUGUUGCUGAGGACGACAGUAAGAACGCUUCUGGGUUAGAAAUGCCAAGCUGGAAAGAUGUUCAGGCUUAUAGCAUUUGGCCGCCUUAUCAGGUUAUGGAACCAUACUACCCAUUCAAAAACAGUUCCGUAGAAGAUUUCACGAUAGGAACCGAGAACUGCGAUGGUAAGCUGAUAGGCUACUGCAACGGACCCUUAAAAUCUGGCUCGACUUACCGAGUAAAAGUCCGAGCCUUCACCGCUCCAGAUAAAUUCACCGACACUAGCUACAGCUUCGCCAUCCAGACCGAAGGAUUGCUGCUAAUGGCAGCUGACAAAGACAACACUGCAAUCAUCGUUGGAGUCACUGUUCCUAUUAUUCUUCUGCUGACUUUACUUGGGAUCGGACUCUUUGUUAGACGACAUCGGAACCAACUUAGGAAAAUUGCAGAACCAAGAGCUGGAGGUCCUUCGGACAAUCUUUCGCUUCCAGAUAGUGUCAUUGAAACAAGCCGACCAGUAAGAAUAGAAAACUUUGCCGAACAUUACCGAAUAAUGUCAGCAGAUUCAGACUUCAGGUUCUCAGAAGAGUUCGAGGAACUGAAGCACGUUGGCCGUGACCAGCCUUGCACAGCAGCAGAUCUUCCAUGCAACCGUCCUAAGAACAGGUUCACAAACAUCCUACCUUACGACCACAGCCGGUUUAAGCUUCAACCAGUCGACGACGAAGAGGGCUCUGACUACAUAAACGCAAACUAUGUUCCGGGUCACAACUCGCCCCGGGAGUUCAUAGUCACCCAAGGGCCCUUACACUCGACCCGCGACGACUUCUGGCGGAUGGUUUGGGAAAGUAACAGCCGCGCCAUUGUCAUGCUGACUCGGUGCAUUGAAAAGGGCAGGGAAAAGUGUGACCACUACUGGCCUAUGGAUACUGGACCGGUCUAUUACGGUGACAUCUCUGUUACUAUACUCAACGAGACGCGGUAUCCUGAUUGGAGUAUCACGGAGUUUAUGCUCUGUCGGGGCGAAGUAAAAAGAGUAAUCCAGCACUUCCAUUUUACAACAUGGCCGGACUUUGGUGUUCCAAGCCCCCCACAAACCCUAGCGCGGUUCGUCCGAGCCUUUAGAGAACGAGUACGUCCCGAUCAGCGACCAAUAGUCGUCCACUGUAGCGCAGGAGUAGGCCGCAGCGGGACAUUCAUAACCCUGGACCGGAUUCUCCAGCAGAUCCAGGUCUCAGAUUACGUCGAUAUCUUCGGUAUUGUCUGGAUUAUGCGGAAAGAGCGUGUCUGGAUGGUCCAAACUGAGCAGCAGUAUAUUUGCAUCCACCAGUGUCUACUCGCGGUAUUGGAGGGUCAGGAUACUACUGGUCCUCCUCGGGAGAUUCACGACAACGCUGGGUUCGAAGAAAAAAAUCGAAGCUCUCUGGAUAAUUCGGUGAACCAAGAUGAGAAGGAAAGGUGAUGGUCUUGUAGUCAAGACACCUUUAUUUAUUAUGUGGAUGAUGAAGGAAUUGCUGAGUCAGGAAUGUGAAGAAUCAAUUAACCGAGCUUUAUCAACUAUUAUCAACCCGAGAUUAUAGAAAAAAAAAAGAAAAAAAAAAUAGCCUUCAAAGUUUAUAAUUUUGCUUGGAAUUUAUAUUAAUUUGUUGUCUGUUUUGUUUUUUUUUUCAUAAAUGGUCACACAAAUCUCCGUCCAAAGAAACGAAAAAACUAUAAGAAAACAAGAGAGUAAGUACGCAACUUAAGUGGAUUUGUGAAGUACUUAAAACUAGGGGUGUGCAAUUAUUUA